AUGACCGCAUAUGCAAAGAAAAAUACACUCUACAUUUCAAUCGGCUUUUGGCUCAUUUUAGGUGUUGAAUGCUACAGUGGUUGGUCAAACCGUACAUUAACUAUUCAGACCGGAGGAUCUGUCACCAUCCCAUGUCAUUAUGAUGAGAAAUACUCUCAGCAGAAGAAAUACUGGUUCUCAGAAUUUGAUCAAUCUAAUACAUACACAAACACAACACAGAAGAAUCUGUCAGUAAUUGAUCAUCCUGAUCAGAGUCUCUUUACUGUGACUAUGAGAAACCUGCAGAACAAACACACUGGACUUUAUUAUUGUGUUGUGAAGACUAGAGAACAACCACCGAAAAAUAUAAUAAAUGAGACUUAUCUCAAGAUUCAAUCUGCUCCUGAUGUGUCUGUGGUGAGCAGCGGUGUAUCUGGACAUGAAGGUGGUGAUAUCAGUGUUCAGUGUUUCUAUAGUUCUGGAUAUAAGAAUAAACUCAAAGAGUGGUGCAGAUAUGAAGAUCAGAGCUGUUACACUGUGGGGAGGACUAACACAUCCCAGAAUUCAUCAGUCCAGAUCAGUGAUGAUGGGAGAAGAUCCUUCACUGUGCUGAUGACUGGACUGAGACUGACUGAUUCUGGCUGGUACUUCUGCUCUGUAGGAGAGGUGCUGAAUCCUGUUCAUCUCACUGUAACUGAGGCAGAACAAGUAUUUAAUCUGUUCUCUAAAUGA